GGCUCAUCCAUCGACCAUCUCCUACAUACAUAUCUUUUUCCUUAUCUUGUUUUCCUCCCAAACCAUAUCAACAGACAGGUCAAAGAUACUCAGACAAGAUGCUCCCAAUCUCACGUCGCUCGAUUCUUACCCACUCCCUCAAGCCCAGCACUCUCUCCAGAUCGUUGUCCUCUCUACCCGCCUCAUCAUGGUCUUCUCGCCCAUCAUCCUUCUCAUCGGCUUCUCUGUCUCAUUUCAAGAAAACGAUCUCCUCAAGGGCUCACAUUUCCGCCAUCUCACUCUCGGCCAAACAUGCUUUCUCCGUCUCAGCCAGCGAUCGGAAUUCGACCGCUGCCCUGAGAGCCAGGACGGAUGUCGAAGCCAGUCAACCUGAGGAAAUCGAAGAGGACUCAGAAAAACCGACGACCCAACCAUUCUCUAGUAUUGAAUCGUAUAUCUCUCCAGCACUCUACCGAGCCGUCACUCAGUCCCCCUUUGGCUAUUCACACAUGUCAGCCGUCCAAGAUCAGCUACUGAGUGAUCUCCCAAAUCUCAUUCAAGCAACAGAAGGCGGUCAGAGUAGGACCAAAGAUUUACUCGUCAAAGCUAAGACCGGAACCGGCAAGACCCUUGCGUUCUUGAUCCCUGCUAUCGAAUCUCGUCUCCGGGACCUUGAGGCAGAACAGGCUCGAUUCAAAUCUCAAAAUCCUGAUGCCACUCAUCAAAAUCUCAUCCAGCACAUGCGACGCUACGAGGCGGAGACAACCGGGAUCGUAGUGAUGUCUCCAACACGUGAAUUAGCCACCCAGAUCGCACAGGAAGCUAUCAAGCUAACCUCACACCUCAAGCAAUUCGGCAUCCGAUUGUUUGUCGGUGGGGCUAGUAAGGCCGCUCAACUUCGUGAAUUCGAACGCGGUCGAAGAGAUAUCGUCGUUGCCACUCCAGGUAGACUAAACGAUGUCUUGAACACCAGCCCGGCCGUCCGUCAGAACCUGGCAACCGCCAAGACGCUCAUCAUGGAUGAAGCAGACACUCUCUUGGAGAUGGGAUUCAAGGAGGAGAUCGACGAGAUCGUCAAACAACUCCCACCCAAGGAGGAACGAUCAACCUACCUGUUCUCCGCCACAAUCUCACCAGAAAUCAAUCGGAUCGCCCAACAGACGAUGAAGAAAGAUACCAAGAUCGUCGAUUGUGUGCCCACUGGUGAAACCAACGUUCAUGCCCAUGUCCCACAAUACUUUACCGUCUUGCCCAACCCCGACCAACAAGUCAAACACAUCUUCAACUUACUCGCCCAUGAUCAAUUGACUAACCCGAGCGGUAAAACCGUCAUCUUUUUACCGACCACCAAAAUGACUCAGUUGUUCAGCCAAAUGAUCUCGAACUUCAGACGUCAUUUGCCUUGGAACUCUACUGGUUUGACCAAAGUUUAUGAAAUGCAUGGUGGAAGAACUCAACGAGAAAGAGAGAAUAUCGCUAAAGAUUUUCGAGCUGGAUCAGGGGGUGGUUACCAAGUUUUAGUCACGUCUGAUGUAUCUGCCAGAGGUGUGGAUUAUCCGGGAGUAACUCGAGUGAUUCAAAUCGGAGUACCUACGAGCCGAGAUAUAUAUGUUCACAGGGUCGGACGGACUGGGCGAGCAGGAAAGUCGGGCCGAGGGGACUUGAUCCUCUUACCCUUCGAAGCCGGCUACGUCCCCUCCACGCUCCGAGAGAUCCCGAUCAAGCCGUUAUCGGUUUCAGGCUUGAAGGAUGAGUUGACCGAAAUGAUCUCGAAGAUCGAUGAAGCCGGACAAGAACAAGCACCGACGAUCCUCCAACAAAUCAGCCAGCAACGCUCGAUGAUGAACAGUCGCAACUCGCGCUACUCUAAUCAACGAAGUGAACCCAAGACGAACAUCCAAGAGGUCCAGAUGCAAUUGCCCGUCUCGACUCGAGUCGAAGCGUUCGACCAGAACCUUCGCGAAAACAUCAUCCCAGCGAUCGGCGAAGAAGCGAUCCGCGAAUCCUUUGGCUCUUUGCUUGGUUACUACGGCUCCAAGGCCUCUGACAUCCGGACGACUAAGGAUGCCAUCCUUAGCGGCUUGAAAGACUGGGCAGUUUCGGGCAUGUUGCUGCCUGAAGAGCCUUAUGUCUCGCCGACCUUCUUACAAAAGUUAGGCUUCAACAACGACCGUAGGAUGGCCCGAUUCGGUGGUCGAGGAGGUAACUCCCGUGGGGGAGGAGCAGGAAGCAGUUGGGGACGUGGGGCCGGAGGUGGUGGGAACGCCUGGGCAGCGCGUGGAGCGAGUAGCAGUUUCGGCCGAAGCGGCGGAGGUGGCGGCGGAGGAGGGUAUUCGCAAGGCCGGGCCGGAGGCGGCGGAGGGUACUCCCAAGGCCGGGCCGGCGGCUCCAGCGGAGGGUAUUCGCAGGGUCGACCUGGCGGCGGGAUGCGCGACCGAGAAGGCCCCCAAUUCAAUAACCGUGGAUCCUCUCAGUUUGGCGCUCCAUCGUCUCGCAGGGGUCCCCCGGGUGGAAGCUUCGGUGGCGGCGGCGGCGGAGGUUUCGAGCGGAACUCUGAGCGCAAGUUCAGGUCUCGCGAUUAAUCCUUUGUCCCUCCCCCCGCUCUCUCUCUCCCCCCUUUAUGACUCCGUAAGACUGGAAAAGUAAAUAUAAAUUUGAAAGAUAAAUAUAUACACAGAAAACGAAAAUCUUAUCCCAAUUCAAUAGCUGAUAUUAUUAAUAGAUUACUCUUACUUUCCAUUUCUUAAUCCUCCUCUCAUCUUCUCAAAGGUUAUUCUUUUUUUUCUUUGUCUGUCUGUCUAUCUGGUUGGUCAUCUUCAUCUUCAUCUCUCCUCUUUUUGCCCAUGUUAUCAUCCACUUGUUUCUCCUUUUUUUCUUUCUUUCUUUUACUAUCAACAAAAAAAAAAAGGGGGGGAAGGUCGAUCUCUCCGUCCCCCCUUCUUCUCCCAUCAUUAUAAAAUUGGCUCGAUUCCCUGGUUUUCUUUGCUUUGUUUGUUUUUUUGUGUAAGAAAUUAUGCUAUGGGAAAUACAUGAAUAAAAGUAAAUCCAACUUCUCUACAUGGA